GAAGAACCGUUGGAGAAAAUUAACACCAUAUUUGACAAUGAUGUAUUUAUGUAUUCUUCCCAUAUAAAUAUAAUUAGAGCUAUAGAAGGGGGAAAAAUAAAAUCUUGAGAAAUGGGGAUGAUAAGGCCAUUUGAAGAGGAGCGGAUUGAGAUUAAGGAAUUCAAGCAGAUGCUGUCUUCAUGCUCCUCCGUGCAACGUAGGAAAGACGAUGACCGAUUUCACGAUCAGCCCGAGAAGCUAGCUCUACAAUCAGACCACGACGUCACAGAAACGCUAAUCUGCGUUACCAGCGGAGUAUCCUUCGUCGGCAUCGCCAUCGUCAACCGCCUCUUGCUUCGCGGUUACUCCGUCCGAGUUCUCGUCACUAAUGAAGAGGAGUUGGAGAAACUAAGAGAGAUUGCAGGCAACAUAGACAUUACAAAUGGCACAACCAUGUUGACUGCAGUUACAGCCGAUAUUAAUGAAGUUCAGAGCUUAUCAGAUGCGUUUAAUGGCUGCCAAGGAGUAUUCCACACUGCUGCUUUCAUCGAUCCAGCUGGUCUUUCUGGAUAUUCGAAAGCAAUGGCUGGUAUAGAAUUGAAAACCUGCGAGAAUGUGAUGGUAGCAUGUUCAAGAACAACAACGGUCAGACGUUGUGUGCUCACCUCGUCGCUUGUGGCCUGUCUAUGGCGGGAGGAUAGUAGUAACUGUGACAACGAUCCUUCCUCUUCCUCUUCAUCGAGUACGAUUAUUAAUCACCAUAGUUGGAGCGACGAAUCAGUAUGCUUGAAAAACAAGUUAUGGUAUGCAUUGGGUAAACUAAGAGCAGAGAAAUGUGCAUGGAGGAUAAUAGGUGAGCAAAAAAGAGUAAGGCUUGUAACCAUUUGUGCUGGUUUGGUUACAGGUCCUGAAUUUCCUCACAGAAAUCCCACUUCUACAUUUGCCUAUCUAAAAGGAGUCCAACAUAUGUAUGCAAAAGGUUUGCUAGCAACAGUAGAUGUGCACCGACUGGCCGAUGCACACUUACUUCUUUUCGAGGCAAUGGACGACGAAGAAUCAUUCGGAAGGUACAUUUGUUUUGACAAUGUUGUUCAAUGUCAGACCGAGGCCGAUGAUUUGGCCAGACAACUUGGUUCAAAUGCAACUAUUAUUACCGGAAAUAACCCGAGCCCUGCCUCUCCAAGGUUUCAAUUAUCAAAUCUAAAGCUUUCUAAGCUAAUGAUGACAACACUAGGAUGCAACAGCAAUAAUAAUGUAAUCUAAACUCUUUCCUUUUGUUUGUUUGUUUAGGUC